GAAUAGUCACAAGUUGGUAGCGAUGUGAAACGGACGCGGCCUUUCGCUCGCGCGGUAACCGCGAAUUUGGGUCAUUCCCUCCCUUUCUUACGAGGCAGGUUUGACAGUGACAUAAUAUGCAUGUUAUUGAUGUAAUCAGCUGUGUUUACAGUCACGUGAGUUGAAGAUACAUCGCGUUAGGCGGUUGAUGUUUUGAUAUUAUGGCCAUAGAGUGUAAAAGAUAAUAAUGCCGGUCCUUCGUAAUGCUGAUCACCCUGCCUCAAACAAAACGGAUUCCAUUGCUGCUCGCUACUUUGUUGCGGUUCUGGGAUCAUGGGCAGCUGAAGCAGCAACUUAUCCAUUCGAUUUAACUAAAACAAGACUUCAAAUACAAUCUGAAGUGGCUGCAACAAAACACGGUUAUAAGUUAGAAAAUCAUGGCAUGAUAAAAACAGCAGUUGGGAUAGCAAAGCAAGAGGGAGUUCUGAAGUUAUGGACCGGUCUGAUGCCGAUGUUUCAGCGACACGCAAUAUACUCUGGGAGUAGACUGAUCUUCUAUGAAUACUUCAGAAGCUAUUUUAAGGAUGAAAAGGGAAAAGUAUCGCUUGGGGCAGCGUCUGUGGGCGGGCUGGCGGCUGGGUCCCUGGCGCAACUCAUCGCAUCUCCAACCGAUCUGGUGAAAGUUCAGAUGCAGGCGGAAGGUAGGAGACUGCUGCAAGGGAAGGCGGCACGGUUCUCCAACUGUCGCCAAGUUUACGUGAUGCUAUAUGCUCAAGGGGGUCUUAAGGGGUUUUGGAGAGGUGCCGUACCAAACGUCCAGAGAGCUGCUUUAGUGAACAUGGGUGAUUUGGCUGCGUAUGACUUUACAAAACAGUACCUCAUUCGGGAGUUCGGACUUGCUGACUCCCCAUUGGUGCAUGGCGCAGCUGCAUUCACCGCUGGUUUUGUUGCUGCAGUCAUGGGUACACCGGCUGAUGUGAUGAAGACCCGACUUAUGAACCAGCCCGUGGGUCCAGAUGGAAGGGGGACCCUUUACCGUGGCAUGAUCGAUUGUCUGCAGCAGUCGGUCCGGAACGAGGGCAUAUUGUCGCUAUACAAAGGGUUCUUGCCUCUAUGGAUGCGGCUAGGGCCUUGGGCGCUUAUCAACUGGAUCGCUUUUGAAAACAUCAUGCUUGCUAUUGGGGGACAUACUUUUUAACAUUUUUUAAUUGAUUUUAUUCUUGUGUUCAGUUCCGUUUGUGUGAAUGCUGGUUUUAUUUAUUCUUUGCUAUAUUUUAUCGGGGUUUAAGUGGGAGUUUUAAAGAUAUUUAGUUAAUUACGUUAAUGCUGCUGAGCAAGAAUUUUGGAAUGAUAUAAACGAAUUUUGGCAUGAAUUUAGAUAUUUAAGAACGAAUAGUGACUUAGAAAUUGUACGAAUUGACGUCAUAGAUUUUUCUCGUUGA